ACGUACUUAUUAUUUACGCGUACGCGAUAUAGAUCUAUAGAUGUUUUAUUUGUUGACUUGACUUUGCUGUUGAUGACUUGUAUGUUGUUUUACGUGUACUCAGUAAAUUUCUCGCAGUCGUGUGAAUAAACGUCCUGAAUCAUCUAAAAUCAUGUAAGAAAUUAAGAACUCAAUAAAUUUACAUGUAAGUGAUGAAAGUGAUGGAGCAAUAAUUUAAAUAAAACUUAGUUAUAUUCGCUAUUUGUAACAACAAUCAGAAUCAGUGGCAAGUAACGAGUGUUUGAAACUAUGAGUUAUAAUAAAAGAAUUGACCAAUAAUAUGGACGGUGAGGCAGUAGAGCAGUUAAACAACUCCCAGAGCAGAAUGGAGAAUGGGUUAGUCUACGAGCCAAUGGAGACAUCUGAACCAGAAGUUGGAGAAAUACCAGCAGAUAGUGACUCGCUUUCAAUGGAUCCUUCAACAAUCGACACCGACGGUGACACUUUUCCACUGAACAUCGAGGUCCCGUUUGUAGAAAACGACAAUAGCAUAGAAAAUAUAUCAAACACAUUAACAAUAAUAGACGAAGAUGGAUCAGCAGACGUCCACCUUGCCCAGGCGAUGUCUUUAGCUUCGAGUUCCCUCGAGUACGCUUCAGUUUCCGAGUACCGAGAGGCGGAAAAUCCAAGAGUCGAGUGUCUGCUGGGCCAACAUCGUCUCACCAGGACCGAACCAAAGCCUUGUCCCAGUUCAAGCUCUAAUUCUAUUUUAUUUUCUUCAGAAGCUCAAAGAGUACCUGAAGUAGAGCCUAGUCAGUUAAAUGAUUCUAAUAAUAAAAAUGAGUCCAAUAGGAGAGCUGAAACUUGGAGGUCUCAGGACGACGAGCUCGAUUUUAAGACCCCAGUACCUUCUUACGGGACUCCUGUAAAUCCAAAGACAAUUAAACGAGCCGGUCCCUACAUUCUGGGGCCACUUAUUGGAACUUCUCCGGUCAGAAGUAUUGUUCAAUGUCUCGCAAGGAAAGUCAGGACUGAUAAGUACUAUACAAUUAAAAUACUUACUCUUAAAAACGAAGGCGAAGAUGAAACUCAGGAUGAUCGUCAAGGAAAAAUGCUUCUGCAUGCUGAAUAUUCUCUAUUGAGCUUAUUGCAAAAUCAAGAUGGUGUUAUUCAUCAUCAUGGAUUUUUUAAGGACUCGGCAUUAGAAGAGAAAGUCGUUGGAAAAACUCGAAUUUACACUGGAAGAGUUGUACGAAGACUUUGUUUAGUUCUUGACUGUCUUACAGCUCAUGACUUCAAUCCACGGAACGAGGAGUUAUUAAAUCUCCAGCAUCACGUCAUACGAGAGAAAAAACUCUCUGAAAAAGAGAGCUUACUAAUAUUCACUGACACUGUUAGAAUAGUCGCGGAGUUGCAUAAAAAAAAUAUAGUCCACCGUGACUUAAAACUAGGAAACUUGGUAUUGAAUAGAAAAACGAGAAAAGUAACCAUAACAAACUUCUGCUUGGGCAAGCACUUAGCCAGUGAGAACGACCUUCUAAAAGACCAACGAGGCUCACCGGCUUACAUAUCACCAGACGUUCUGUGCGGUAAGCCUUACCUAGGAAAGCCGUCAGACAUGUGGGCGUUGGGUGUCGUACUAUUCACGAUGCUCUACGGGCAAUUUCCCUUUUACGACAACACUCCGACCCAGUUGUUCGUGAAAAUAAAGGCUGCCAACUAUCAGAUCCCUCCGGACAACCGGGUGUCUGAAAAAACAAUAAACUUGAUCCGGGAUCUGCUCGUCCUCCAACCAAGCCGCCGCUUGACCGCAGUUCAAGUGCUCGAGAGUCUCUCUGAAAUAAUCUACACCUUCAAAAGUCCCGUGAUUGUCGGCGAGGAAGAACAAGUGGUGCCGGACAUCAGCGACCUCAAAGAAGACCCGGUUGAAAAAAGAACCGAAGUAGUAGAGAAGUCAAAGCUCCGCUCUUCGGAUCUUUUCAAGCAGAUAAACUUCCGUGAGCAGAUGCUUCAGCUGAUGAACCAGUCCCAGAGUCUUCUGGUGCCUCGAGCUCGCUCUUACACUCAGAUUCCCGUGCACCGAGUUAACUCAGACCCUCGGGAGCUGACUCCAGCGGAAUUGGAGAUGUACCGGCAUUUUAUUCCCAAUGACCAGCGUCAGCACUCCCACGGUUCUAGUCGCCGGGACAAUGUCAUGAGAGCUCGUGCUGCUACUCGGUAUCGACCUGCGCAUCCUCGUCAGCCUCCGCCACAAAAUCAACCUCAACAAAAUCCACCUGAGAAUCUAGCAGCGCUGAACUCUAACAGUCAUUCUAACGCAAGUCGCUCGUUGAACUGGUGGUACCCUCAAAUGUCAGCAUCUAGGACAAAUCAGCUGGCGCGAACUGGUGUUGAAUCAAGUCAAAAUGCUAAUAACAAUUCCGCGCUACGGAAUUCUCCACUGGUGCUUGGAGUUCCAUUAGGAGCAGUGGGACCACAGAGCGAGUCUAUGAUUCUGAGACCUGCGGUUCCGCCUUACCGCGAGCCUGAUCUUUCGAAUUCCAACCCAAUAAAUGUAAAUGUAGGGAAUCAGAUUGAUAGUCAGAACAGUCAUAGCUCGGCUUCCAGCAACAGAUAUGAUCAUGCGAGAAUGUCCAUGGCUAUUAGAGCUUCGUUGAUGCGCCGGAGUCAAAGAAACGGUGAGCAAACUCGCUCAGUGGCUGGUGGUGUUAAUCGCUCUGUUCCUGGCAAUGGAGAAGAGACGCGCAGUCAUAGUCAUAGUCAGAAUCAGAAUCAGAGUCACAGUAGGUUUCGCGAGGCGAUUGUUAAUCAGAUUGUCUCGAUCAGAGCUAGGAUCCAGCAACAUAGGAUCAAUAAUAUUGAACGACAGAUUGAAAGUGUCAGGAAUGGAAUUCUAGCUAACUCCAGAAGUGGUGGAAGUAGACACUCCGUUGCUAGACGGAACUACAUGGCCCACUCGAGACAUCUGCCUUAUAUGACCAAUUUGAGAUAUUUAUCGACUAUUCGCAAUAUUUCUAAUGAUAUUUCGAGGACCAGAGCUCAAAAUAGUGAAGCUAAUUUAGAUUCUGUGAUAAAUAAUAAUAAUAAUAAUAAUAAUAAUAAUAAUAAUAAUAAUAAUAAUAAUAAUAACAAUAGCAUAAGUGAAAGAAGAAAUUUGGAUUCUAGAACUGGAAGUAAUAAUGAUAGAAAUAUGGGGCCUAACUUUGCAGACGCUUUACAGCAAAUAGCUACCAGACUUGGUCAAUCUAUGCAAUCAAGAGAGUCUAAUGAAAUUGGUAGGGAGUCUCGGUUAACUCACAAUCAGCAUAAUUCUAAUGAGUCUAUGCGUGACCAGAAUAACUAAUAAUUGAGUUUUUAAUUUUUGAAAAGAAAUUUGAGUACUAUAUCGCGUGCCUAAUGCCAAAAGGGCGUAUAAUUUUUUUUUGGUGCCAAUUGUUUUGUAAAUAUGUUCUAAGCCUAAAAAUGAAAAUAAAAUUUCCAAAGCCAAAAGGGCGUAUGUCUUAAGUUAUACGCCCUUUUGGCUUUAGAACACUGAAAAUUUAGUUUUAACUUCCCGUUAAGGUGUUUUUCAUUCUAUACAUACAUAUUAUGGAUUUUAACUCCAAUUUUACGCAACGGAAUCGGUGGUUUGAAUUUUUAGGCGAGUAGAGCAUACCUACGCUCGCGCUAAAAGUAUACAAUUAAAUAAAAAUAUAUCUUUUAUUGCAGCUAUAGCGGGCAAGAAAUUAUUAUAAUAAUCCGAAGUUAAAAAAUACUAGAAAAAACUAAUAUCAAAAUAGGGAAAUAUUAUUGGGGUACAAUUCCUGCACCUUCUCUACGUACAUCUUCUACAUUUUCGUCUGAAAAAAAAGAAAUUUAUAAAAAAUAUAAACAUUCUAGUACGCGAAAAAAUUUUUAAUUCAUAUGCUUUUUUAAACAUUGGUCUGUCCAAGACGAUGAAAAUUCAAAGUUACUACCAUCGAAAAUGUUGACUUUUUAAAAAUUUUUUUUAUACAAACCUUCUCCGGACAAUUUUGAAGACUGUUUUUUAAAAUUUUCAAAAAAUCCUGAUUUUUUUUUAUACGUCCUUUUGGCUUUAGACCGAUAAUUUCCUAAAGCCAAAAGAGCGUAUAUCUUAAGAUACGCCCUUUUGGCGUUAGUACGUCAAAAAUUUUUUUUCUGCAGAUCUUUACGUUUCGAGCGAUUCUAGAAAGAAUG